GUAAUUAACCCGGUUCUUCCGCUCCUCAAAUUCCUCUAAACUACAUCUCCCAGCAUGCUGUGAAGCUCGUCUGACCUCAUCUCAAAUGGCCCCGUAGGGCAACAAGGAUGGUUAGUUUUGACCGUGCUUAUUUGUACCAUAAAACAUCGAUCCUAAUUGACAGUUAUCUGGGCUUUUAUAUCUGCCAACCUGCCAACCUUUUUUGAACUGUGGUCACUAAAUGAAGAGGUUCUGGCCUGGGAAGGCCCAUGCAUUCCUUCAAUUGGAUGGAGAGCGAGGACAGUGACUGGCGAUCUGGAGAAUAGGAGGGAAUGUUGACUAGGGAGCACCGCUGCAGCCGAUCAGAGGAGCAGGAACCGGAGCCUGGGCUGAGUCCGAAAAAAGCCGGAUCCGGAUGGUGGCCCCGGAACGGCUGGAAGUGGAAGAUGGAGGAGCCAGAGGAGCCUGCGGACAGUGGGCAUUCCCUGCCCCCGGUUUACAUCUACAGUCCCGAGUAUGUCAGCAUGUGCGACUCCCUGGCCAAAGUCCCCAAAAGGGCCAGUAUGGUACAUUCUUUGAUUGAAGCAUAUGCACUGCAUAAACAAAUGAGAAUAGUUAAGCCCAAAGUGGCUUCCAUGGAGGAGAUGGCCACCUUCCACACGGAUGCCUAUUUGCAGCAUCUCCAGAAGGUCAGCCAAGAAGGAGAUGAUGAUCAUCCAGACUCCAUAGAAUAUGGCCUAGGUUAUGACUGUCCAGCUACAGAAGGGAUAUUUGACUACGCAGCAUCUGUAGGAGGGGCUACAAUCACAGCUGCCCAAUGCCUGAUUGAUGGAAUGUGCAGAGUAGCAAUUAACUGGUCUGGAGGGUGGCAUCAUGCAAAGAAAGAUGAAGCAUCUGGUUUUUGUUAUCUCAAUGAUGUUGUCCUGGGAAUAUUACGAUUGCGACGAAAAUUUGACCGUAUUCUCUAUGUGGAUUUGGAUCUGCACCAUGGAGAUGGUGUGGAAGAUGCCUUCAGUUUCACCUCCAAAGUCAUGACAGUGUCCCUGCACAAAUUCUCCCCAGGAUUUUUCCCAGGAACAGGUGAUGUGACUGAUGUUGGCCUAGGGAAGGGACGGUACUACAGUGUGAAUGUGCCCAUUCAAGAUGGCAUACAGGAUGAGAAAUAUUACCACAUCUAUGAAAGUGUACUAAAGGAGGUAUAUAUGGCCUUUAAUCCCAAAGCGGUGGUCUUACAGCUGGGAGCUGAUACAAUAGCUGGGGAUCCCAUGUGCUCCUUUAACAUGACUCCAGUGGGAAUUGGCAGGUGUCUUAAGUACAUCCUUCAGUGGCAAUUGGCAACACUCAUUUUGGGAGGAGGAGGCUAUAACCUUGCCAACACGGCUCGAUGCUGGACAUACUUGACCGGGGUCAUCCUAGGGAAAACACUAUCCUCUGAGAUCCCAGAUCAUGAGUUGAAUAUCAAUCCAUUGUAAAAGAAGAAAAAAAGAGAGUUUUCAAGCAAAGAUCAAGUUGCAAUUGUCCAGUUCUUGAUGCAUCAAAAGAAAAAGGAAAAGUUGCAAAAAGGUGCAAUUACGUUAGCUGCAAAACAAUUUAAGUGCAACAGAAUGACCAUAUCAAGAAUUUGGAAACGUGCUUCCGAAAAUAAUUGUCAAGGAGAAUCUUAUGCUAAUGUCGAUUCUUUGAAAAAACAAAACUGUGGACGUAAAUGCAAAGAUUAUGGAGAAAAACUUGAAAAACUUAGACAUAUUCCUCUUAGCAGAAGAGGCACCGUAUUAGCCUUUGAUAAUAUUUCUCCCGAAAUACUGGAUAAUACAUUUCUGUCACUUCAACAAGUUAUGCUGGAAGCAAUGAAGAAUGAUGGCUCCAAUAAUUUUAAGCUCACACAUAUAGGGAAAGCAAAGCUUCGCAGCCAAGGGAUCCUAUAUACAAGUUUAAAAUGCAGUAACAGCAGCCACACAAGCAGACAGACCAACCACAUCUGAGGAGCAGCAGCCCUGCACUGCCCAAACCGGUCCAAGGAGCAGCAGACACAUGCAGUCUGCAUCUGUCCGCCGAGCAGCAGCUGGGUGAGCAUCCGGCCCCCACCUGAGGAGCAUCAGCCGCAUGUGCAGCUCACUCCCGUCCGAGGAGCAGCAGCCACACAAGCAGCCCGUCCCCCAUCUGAGCAGCAGCAGCUGCAUGAGCAGCCUGCA